CCGGGCGACAGGGUACCAGCAGUAAACAUGGCGGAGGAACUGCUGGAAACAGUGGAGAGACUUCAGUCCCGGCUCCAGGAGAACCAGGAGCCCCGAAAGCUGCUGAAGACUCUGAAAAGACUCGGGGAGCUUCCUAUGACUGUGGACAUAUUGGUGGAAACUGGAGUGGGAAAGGCUGUGAACUCCUUCAGGAAACACGAAUUAGCUGGAGAGGUGGCAAAAAAUCUCGUAGCCAAAUGGAAGAAACUGGUUCCUCAGUCUGGAGACAGACCCAACAGCCACGGCUCCAGAUCUCACACACAGGCUCGAGGCCAUGACGCGAGCGGCAGAGGAGACCAUAAACGUCCCCGAGAGCCCUCGCCUGAGGAAGACCGCUCCUACGUAGAGGAGGAAGAGGAGGAAAGAGGUUACCACACCAACUAUUCGCCCUCACCUCCUCAGCACGACCAGUACAGUCCCCCACAGCGAGGAGGGUAUCACUCAGACGAAUACGAAAGCCCUGAGCCCGAACCUGAACCCAGCCCGCCACCACCUCCUCCCCCUGUUUCCCGCAAAGACGUCCGCCACACCAAACCAAACAAGGAGCCGAGCAAGAACCACCACAGCGACCGAAACCGAGACGAGGAGCGGCGGCAACGCCACGCACAGACGAAUAGCGAUAGAGAAGGCGGAGGAAGUCAGGGGAAGAAGCGAAGCGGAGACCGAGAGAGACAUCAGAGUCCGGUACAGAAGGCUGCCAAACACAGCAAGAAGUCAACCACGCAUGACAGCAGGAAGGAGGAGAAGAAGAAAGGAGGAGAUGAAGGGCGACCACGAGUGCCGAAGGACUCUCCAUCUAAGGAGGAAGAAGAGGACUUCGAGGUGCCCACCAUGUCCUUCGAGUCCUUCCUCACAUACGACGCCCCGACGUCUGUGAAGAAGAAAAAGAAGACACCGUCAGCUUCAUCUUCAUCGCACAGUCGGCCGUCUCACUCCUCCUCGUCAACGUCGUCUUCCCAUCGCACACGAACACCUCCACCUGCAUCCUCCUCUUCGUCCUCUUCUUCUUCCAAAGCGCGCAAGGCAAACGGCGCUCAGAGUACCAAGAGGACGCAUUCGGGGACAGCGGUGACGACGCCAUCGAGAAGCAAGGAGGUUUACGAAGCUGUGCCGACUGUUCCUGAAAUCCAGCUGCCAGCGAUUCAGCCCAAUUACAGACCUCUGCCCUCCAUUGACAUCACACCGCUGUCCCCUCAGAGACGCAAAGUUCCUGUGUGCAAUGAAGAGGAUGAUGCAGGCUUCACGGGGAAGCGGUUUAACUCCAAGAUGGUGGUCUACUCAGGAUCGAAGACCGCCUACCUGCCCAAGAUGAUGACGCUGUACGAGCAAUGCAUCCGUGUCCUGCAGAACAACAUCGACUCGAUCGCUGAGGUGGGAGGAGUGCCGUUCGAUAUCCUGGAGCCGGUUCUGGAGAGAUGUACCCCAGAGCAGCUGUACCGCAUCGAGCAGAGCAACCAGUGGUUCACGGAGGAAUCGGACGAGCUGUGGAUGCGUCACUGUCGGCGCGACUUCAAGCGGGAGUCUCCGCAGGAGUACGAGUCAUGGAGGGAGUUGUACCUGAGGCUGCACGACGAGCGCGAGGAGCGACUAAGGAUGCUCACACAGAAUAUCACGUCUGCGCAUGCCAACAAACCCAAAGGACGUCAGGUUAAGAUGGCGUACGUAAACUCUGCCGCCAAGCCGCCCCGUGAUGUUCGCCGCCGACAGGAGAAGUUUGGAACCACCAGUGGUUCGACAGCCAGCUCCACAGCAGCUGCAGCUCCUAUCAAAAUAAGACCGGCUACCACUGACUACUCCGGAGAAUCAAGCCAGUCGUCUUCCUCCCAAAACAACCCUCCUCCCGCUGGUUCAUCCCGCUUCUCUGCACCGAGUGGAGUAGGACACGCCGCCCGGGAAAAACCUCAAGUCAAAAAAAUCGCCCCCAUGAUGGCCAAAACUAUCAAAGCAUUCAAGAACAGAUUCUCCCGCCGGUAGUGUGAAAGAGACUGAAUGUAUUUUAUGUGAUUUUAAUUACAGUGUAGCGGAAUUGGACUGGAGACCCUCCAACCCUGCGCGCACACUUUCAGCCCCGCAAACAUCACAUGAACUUUGCAGUAUUUGUGGAAAAAUGGUUAACUUCCUUUUUUUUCUUUGUUUUUUUUUUUUUGUGGGGGUGGGUUGAUGUUUUUUUUUCUGUGGUGACGUCUGUUUUGCGGGUCUUAAAUUAAGUAUUUAAAUCCUAAACGAUGGUACACAUGGUAGAAGGACACACACAAACACAGUCAGUCUGUUACUGAAUCAUGUUUUCCAGCAGACGGUUUUUAAAGAAAGAGUUUUUGGGGGAAUUCUUGCUGCGAGGUUAGAUUAGAGGAUUUUUCUAUCGCUUUCUCCGGCAGCACAAAGACUGGAAAGAGGGGAGCAGCUCGUUUUCAGCUGUAACAAAAUCAGCCCCAGCAGAACCUUUAAUUGUCAUUAAUUAACAUGUACAUUUGUACACAGCCAAAACGUGCACAAAAAAUUUGUGACUUUUUAAAAAAUUUGCCUCAAACCUGCAUUCUUUCUAAUGGCCAGUAGGGGGCGUCUCUGAAAUUAUAUUGUAUAGAAGUCCAUGAGUAAAUUCUUCUAAUGUGAUCCGUAAACUCAGUUAACAUUUUCCUGAAGAGUUUAUGGACUCAGCUGCUAAUUUUAAGUCUUAAUCAAUGAAAAAUAAAGUUAAUGCUGUAAAUUAUUUUUGCUAAAUAAUUUAAAUUAUUUGUGGGUGGCCAAGUCACUAUGUUAGCCACCCGAGUUUUAAAACUCUCAUCUCAGUGCUGCACUAACCAGUGGGUGAUGUCGUGAUGGCCACAUCCAGCUUUUAUAUACAGUCUGUGACUAAUUGCACUAAUCAAUUUGUUUCAAAUUUUCAUUUUUUUUAACCCCUCGCCUGUAAAAGGCUGACAGUGUACUGUCAUCACUUGGGUGGCAGGGAGGGCAGCGUAGGAUUUUGAAAUUGAUAGCAUCGGUGCAUCUACUAAAAAUCUCAGAUGAUUUUAAAUCUCAGUGACCUCGACCUCAAGGUCAGGGCUAGAGGUCAAGUGUAUGAAUGUGAUAACUCAAGAAGAAACUCACCUAGGAUUUUCACAUUUAUAGCAUAAGUGCAGUAUUUUUACUGCUGUGACCAGACAUUGAGCAUCAAGGGCUCAACCUUAAUGCAGUCAAUAACUGAAUCAAGUUUUCCUUUCAUAAAUAAUAAUAAUAAUAAUAAUAAUAAUAAUAAUAAUGGGGGGGGGGACAUUUGAACAAAGUAGCAUUUCCGCAAAAGCUCCCCAUCUGGUCAGAAACGAUAGACUUGACAUGCAAAAUGUUAAUAUUUAUGCUUGAUUUUCUCUUUUCAUAACAAUUAAAGAGAUUACAUUUGUUAAACAAUGAACUUAAACGUUUGUUUUUCUCCCUUGUUUCCUGUCUUUGUGCCAAGCCAAGCGGUUCAUAUUUAUCAUAUGAAAGAUGAUAGUUUUAUCUGUCUUCUAAUCAAACUAGUAAUGAGCAUAUUUCCCAAAGUGCGAAUCUUUUCCUUGUAAGGGACAGAAAAAGGGCUCUUAUUUUAAAAACAGUCAGCUGUUGUUUCCCCUAUGACCAAAUGAUACACUACAGUGGGAAACUUUUACACUUUUACUCUUGUUUUGUCUCUUAAUCGCAUGCACCGUGGACGUCCCGACACCCGAGACAUCAGCUGGAUGGUGGGGGACUUUAAUCAUGUUUUGCCUGGUGCAUUUAAAAAAAAAAUGUGUUUGGCUAAGAUGAAAGCACAGCAGAGCGUGCGGCGUCGUAGACUUACUUUAACCCUCCUGUGGCUUCAAUUCAUGUUUCCCUGCUGUCGAAUGUGUGCUUCCCUGUUUUUAUCUGCUUCACUGUGACAAACUGAUUGAGUGAGGGGAGAUUUGGAAAGAGAACCAUAAGUUGUCUGCAGCUGCAGUCCAUGAUGAUGAUGAUGAAAUGUAUUUAUUUUCAACACUGGGACCUGGCACCCCACAACAUGGGCCUGAAUGGAAGUAGAUUACAAAUUGUAAUUUUAUUAGAUUUUAAUAAAUGUUAUAUGGUCAUUUUUAUUAAAAUUGACUUUUUUCCCUGAA